AUGUUUGAUUUUAUAAAAAUACCAUUCAAAGAUAGUAAAGUAUCAAGUUCACGUCCAUUUCUUUGUGAUAAAGUCAAACAAUUUGGUAUCUGUGAAGGAACAUGUGUAGAGCGUCAUGAUUUAUGUAAAACACUUGAUAAAGAAUGUCUCAAUAUUCCUACAAAAUGUAUGAUUAACAUACAACUGACAAAAAUCCUUAGUGCUUCGCAUUUUUAUGGGAGAAUUCUUAAGUAUAGUACUAAAAAGGAUCCUACAAAAGAUCAAGAUUGGAUUAGCGUUAAUGACUCGUUUGAAAGAAUAAAAGACGAAUUAAAAAAUAUCGGCUCAACACCAAAUACUAUCAUUUUAAGUAAAACUUUUACCAUUGGUGAAAUGGUUAUGGUACAAACUGAACAAAAAGAAUUUUACCGAGCAGUGGUAUUGGAUAUAAAUUAUGGAUGGCUUACAGUUAAGGUAAAAGUAAUAUUAAUUGACUUGGGACAUACAGAAGAAAUUAGUUCAAAUAAAAUAUUUGUACUGCCAAGCCAUUUAAAAGAACUUCGGCCUGUAGCUGUUGAAAUCAUAAUAUCUUCCAUGGAACCAGUGGUAGAGGGAGGUUCAGUUUUCAAUUGGCCAGUUAACACAACAAAUCUUGUUCGUAGUUUAUUAGAACCAAUUAUUUUGACAGAUUUAGAAUUUAUUUGCAAAGUUGAACUUACAUUAGGAAUCACUUUAUGGGUUGAUUGGAUAUUAGCUAAGAAAUGUAUUAAAUGUUCUCACAUUGCAUGUAAACUGUAUAAAAGUUCUUUAAUAUUACCAAAUGAAUUAAUUAAACGCAAUCUUGCAAGACGAAGUUCUUUGCUCAUUGAUAAGUUAAUAAACUUAGAUAAAGAUGCUCAUUUAUGGAAAAAACAUUUAAGUGCUGAAAAACCUUUAGUCAUUAAAAAAUCAAGUAUACCAUUAUUUUCAUGUGAUGAACAAAAAAAUGAAAUUGACGAAGUAAUAAAAGUACAAUGGGCUCAUUUAUCCCAGCAUACAAUAUCAAAUGUAUCUGUUUGUUAUGUAGAUUCUCCAAAAUGUUUUUUUGUAAUUAAUAUGCAAUUUUAUGAAAGAGUUAUUGCUCUUCAAAGAGACAUUGAUGAUGCUAUCAGUAAUAAAAUUGUUGAAAAAUUAACUUGUGCCACUGUAGGAAAUAUAUGUUUAGCCUUAUCCCCUGAAGUAAAUAAAUAUAAUCGUGUUAUUAUUCAAAAAAUCAACGAUAAAAAAGCUGAAGUUCUGUAUGUAGAUUAUGGUGAAUUUUAUGAAGUCGAAAUUGAUAAUUUAUUGACAAUACCCUCAAGUUUAAUAACCAAGUUACCAUUACAAGUUAUUGAGUGUAGCUUAAGUGGUUUUAAUGUUAUUUUACCGACUGAUACUGUAGAUCAGACAUUUAAUAAUCGUUUGUUAGAACUUACAGAUACUAAGAUAUAUUUAAAAGUUCUUUCUUCUACCACAAAUGCUAAGUUUACGGGAGGAACCUAUUAUGAAGUUGUAUUAUUUAAUAAUGAUAUAAAUAUAAAUGCCACAAUGGCUGAUGAAUUUAAUAUGUAUGUUGAUAAUACUCAAAUACAAAAUAUUUUAAGCUCAAAUUAUAAAUACAAGGAAGAUGAAAGUGAGGUUGAUGAUGUCUUUGACGAAGAAGAAUUCAAAUGUCAGAUGGAUCUAUUAGAAAGUCUAUUCAAAACUUCAAAUCAAACAAAUGAAACCCAAACUGUGCCAAGUUCAACAAAUGAAAAAAAAAAUGAGUCCGAUUCAAAAUCAUUAAAUAAAGAUAAUGUAAUUGCAAACAAAGAACAGAUAAAAUGUAUAAAAAAUGAGAAAAAAUAUUGUCUAGAUUGCAAUGUCACUCCAGUGGUCCCUCAAUGUUUUUGGCAUCAAGAUGACACAUGGAUUUAUCUUAAAUUGAAUAUUUUGUCAGUAAAUGAUUAUAAUACCCUAUAUACAAUGGAUACUAUAACAAUAAAUGUUGAAACAAACUCUGUAUCCUAUUCCUUUACUGCAGUUUUGUUUGGGUUUAUAAUAGAUGAAUUGUGUACCUGUCAUGUAAGUUUUGAUGGGAUUUUUAUCAAAGCAAAAAAACUAAUAGAAGUUAAAUAUCAUUGGCCUAGACUCUUAAAAUGUACAAAAAAACAUAAAUAUAUUAUUUAUAAUACAGAAUUCUGCAUUGAUGAAACUAAAAACUUGCAAGUGUGGUGUAAAGUUAUGAAUAAUUACAAAAUGAAGGCUCAUGGUAAACAGUUAAAUGUAGAAUAUCCUGAUUAUGAUUAUAAUGAUACUGAUUAUUCCGAUAACGAUGAUGGAAUUUUUGAAGAUUGA